CGCGAUUUUCCUGCUGUAUUAUAUGUUGUACACGUGAAUCGGUCAAACAAUUUCAAAAUAAUUGAACUAAAUCAAACAUAAAUUCCGUGUAUUCGAACAGCACAAAGAUAAAUCUCCGUUCGAUUGAUUUAUCACUGAAAAUCAUAAAUAUUUGUGUUUGGCAUUUGAAUUUUGAAAGUAUUUUAAAGUGAAUUGAAUUUUGGUGAAAGAACGAUCUGAUGCGUGUGCUGUGCCACACGUGAAAAAAUAGACUAUGUGGAAAUAACCCUACGUUUAUCACAUUAAAUAGAAUAAUUGUUUAGAGAAAAAGAAAUUUAGUUCAGUGAGUGAUCCUGACACAAUAUCUGUCGAAAGGAUAGAGAAUUUUGAAGAAAUAAAUAAAGAUUCGGAAAUAUUUCAAUGGAUGGUGGCACAUGCAACGCAAGCAUUCAAUUCGGAAAUUAUGCAUACAAUAUGUCAGGAGUCACCACUGAACAAUCUGAAUUAAAGUCGACAGCGAUACAAGUAGAAAAUCAAUUAUCCAAUGGUUUUGAAUUUGCCAACGAAAACGAUGACGAAUUUGAGCUACAAGAUGUUGAAAUCAUUGCAAUAGAUCCGAAUAACUUUUACACGGAAACAACAUCCGAUUCCGAAUCGUCAAGUGAAUCCGAUGACGACAUAGCCAAUAAACAAUGUGUAAAUAUGUCAAAAAAUGCUACCACAUUCAGUGUACAGGCUUCGUUCGACGCACAAACAUCGAAGGAUGACUUUGAUAUAAUAACGUUGAAUAUUGAUGAAGAAUUUCCAAUUGAUACGCACGUUGAUGAAAUUCUAUUUACAAACGAUCAAUUCGAUUUGGCUAGCUACAUUGGCGGUGAGAGUACAUCGUUGCUGUUAUCUCCAAUAAUUGACGCAUCAGCAGCUCGUCGUCGUUUAAUAUCGAUCAGUGAUUUUGGCCAUUUGGAAUGCAAUCAAACACCGAUAAAACGUGAUUUAUCACGAAUGCCUGUUGCCCAAAAGAAUUUGGCCCAUGACAAAGUAGCAAAAACACCAGCCAGUAAUCGACGAAAAAGGAAAAACUUAUCACGCGAAUUCAUAGAGACUAGUGAUAGUGAUGAUGAGAAUGAGACUAGUACAAUAAAGAACAGUAUAAAUCAUGUAAACGAUGAUAGUAGUAAACGUAAGCUAAGCAAAGAUGUUGACCCAGUGUGGAGUCCAAUCGUUGAUAAACGUGGUGCCAAAAUAGCAAAGCAGCAACCAGUCUGCCGUACUAAAGAAACUGUCGAUCGCAUUGAUUCAAAUGCCAACAACCAUGCGACCACCAAAAGUGGUCAACAAAAAUUUCAGGGAAAGGGCCUUAGAAAUAUGUUAAAGCAACAAUUGCUGUCUGACCGUCCUAUGAACAAAGGGAAAUUACUUAAGACAUUGUCAAUGCCAGGCUCGAUACCAACGGAACGCGAGAACGACAAACAACCAAAAGUUGCAUCACAUUCAAUUAAACGACUGGGCGUUGGUCGUGGCAAAGAUAUUCAUAUAACAGCCAAAUAUUAUAACUGUAACGAACCGAGUGAUAAUUGUGAACGUGAUAAAAGUUUUAAGCAAGAUAGAUUUCAUCAAAUUUAUACCGAUUCCGACACCGAUACGGAGUCCGAAUCCGAUUCUGAUAUCGAGGUGAACAGCGAACCAACACCAUCACCAAAAGACACUUUUAAAGAAAAACCGGACAUUAUCCAUGAAGUUAAUCGCAUUAAGAAAAUGUCACCAGAAAAUGAUUUCGAGAAGAGAUCAUGUCAUGAAGAAGAAUGUGUUAAGAAAAUUGCGGACAGUAAAAAGAUAUCGAAUGGAAAAAGUAAACCAACUGUUAUUGACAAUAGCAGUAUGGAUUCAACCGAUUUCGCUAAAGCACUUGUGACAAAUGCCAAACUGGUAGCGAAGAAGAAACAACCGAUUUCGAAAAAAAGUAAUUUGGAACAGCAAAAACGUUUGAUUAAAUCGAAUAUUUUAUUACACAAUCCGGCCAAGUUCAAAAUUUUUUCACAUGACAAAAAUAAAUCAAUUUCAAACAGCACCGCAGUGUCAAAUGAAGUAAAAGUAUACCCAUUCAAUGAGCUGACCGAACGCAAAUUACAGCCAGUUAAGGCUGCAGUGCAAGAGUUACCCACAAAACGAGCGUUCAGUGACAAAUCAAAUAAAUGCGAAGAAGUGUUUGGCAAAAAUGAAGCAAUCGAAACAGUCGAUAAAGUGGUAAAAGUCACGGUAGUUCAAGAAAUCACCGAAAUAAAAGAUGUUAAAGAAAGUGAUGUUCAAGAGAGUGUGGCACGAGAUGUGUUGAUCAUAGAAGAAAGUAAGGUUGAAUCAAGUUCAAAACGAAAACUAAAUCUUCAAGAAUACUUGAAACGAAAGAGUUUAAAGAUGUCACACGUUGGUUCCGGCCCUUCCGAUGGUUUGCUAGUUAAUAUAAAAACCGAACCCGCUGAGGGCGAAACACAAAAUCAAGAAAGCAAUAAUGCCAACGGUGAUGCAGCUUCGAAUAGUACAAUGGCUGUAGAUUCGAUGUACGAAGAGAUUAUCAUCGUUUCAAUGGCUUGCAAUACAGAUAUAUCAAUUCCAGAACUGUCAUUCAUUCAAUCGUCCGAAAUGAAAGAUGUCAAUUCGGUAAAGUCAUCGGUAUUGCUGUCGGAUAUUCAAACAUCGGUUGAACGUGCAAAUUCAAAAAUUUCGUCCAUGUCUCUAAUAUCAAGUAUUCAGGAUGUUAUAUUGAAAAAGAAUCAUAAUAUCGAACUACAAAAUGGUAAAAAAGAACCUUCUUCAGAAGCAUCGCAUAAAAAGGAGAACAACGAAGAGAAACCAGAGCAUGGUGAAAAUAAAGUUAUUAUGCAUUUGCGUAAAGAUCGUGUACAACCAAAAAAGGUUUCAACGUCCGUACAAACUGAUCCAUACUUUCAAUUUCCGCCGUUGGAAAAAUGGGUGCCCUUAUCGAAAAAGCAAUUAACAUUGACCGAAAAACGUAUGAACAGUAUACCGAAUGAAUUGCACUUUAUGCGUUCGGAUAGCAAAAAUCGUAUGCAUCGCAACUAUCGCGUUCCAAGCCAUUUAUCUGAGUCUAGUUAUUAUAGUGACGAAGAAAAUAAAACGAUUCAGAGACGUUCACGACAUUCAGAUUUCAUUGAACAUAACACCGUUCGACGUAGACGACAGCGCAGAGAAUCGAGUCAUUAUUCAUCAUCCAAAUACGAUAGAUAUUCGAGUAGACAUCGUACAAUUAGCCGAUCAUUGUCAAGCAGUAGUAAUACUUCAACUACCUCAACCGAUUCAUCCACAACAUCGCAAUCAUCGAGCAGCUCCGAUACAUAUGUGUCGAGCGCAUCACCACGUUCAUUAAAUAGCUACGGCGGUAGUUCAUCGAAAUCAUAUUACGGUGACGAUCAACAAUACUACAGAAAACGUACAACAUCGAACAAUUCACGACGCAGUAAUUAUAGACAUAUGCCACCGAUCAAACGAAACAAUUCACCAGAAGAACGGCGAAUUGUAUAUGUCGGACGCAUCGAGGAAGAAACCACAAAAGAAGAAUUACGGCGAAAAUUUUCAGUAUAUGGUCAAAUAAAAAAUGUGUCAAUACAUUACAAACAAACCAAAAUGAGAUAUGGAUUUAUCACAUUUUUGCGACCAGCCGAUGCAUAUACUGCCAUCGAUGACAGUUCCAAAAAUCCAGCCAUUCGUCAUUACGAUAUUAGUUUUGGGGGCCGUCGUGCCUUCUGUCGUGAAAAGUAUUUCGAUUUGGAUAAUACUGGCUUCGGGUUCCGUAGUGCUGACACACCUAGUACAAGUCCACAAAAGCAGCCAAAGGAUACUGAUGAUUCAUUUGAUGUGUUGUUGCGCAGAAUGAAGGAAAAGUUGCAAGAAAACAAAAAAUAGUCACAUUCUUUUAUAAAAACAAACAUAGUGUCUAGUCUUAAGACUAGUUAUUUGCGAUAACUGCCUAUUUUUUACUAUUGAAAACAUUUGAAUUUGUUUUCCCCCUUUUUAUACUUGAAAAGAAAAAAAAAAUCUUUUGUUAUACC